AUGACGGUCAGUCUAGUGAUGCAGAACCGCCGGAGCAAAGUCUCGGGGAAACCGCCACUGCGUUUGCCCAUCAUCGCCCCUAAGGAAGAUCUGUUUGCAGAGCUUGCUAAAUCUGAUAAACUCAUCGCGCCACCACGCAUUCGCCUGCCUCCCCGGUCUCGGACGGGUUGCUGGACAUGUCGAAGUCGAAAGGUCAAAUGUGAUGAAGGACAUCCACAAUGCAAUCAAUGUACCCGUCUGGGUCACACUUGCGAUUACCGCCCUCGCUUGGCGUUUCGCGAUGACACCCCCCGCAUUAUGGGCCGCAUGGCCGAUGUUAAGACAAACGGCCACGUCGUGUGGGAUCUUACCUCACCAAGUUCUGUCGACGAGAGAACCGACUAUUUCUCUCUCGGGGAUUCUCUGCCAGCCUUUUCUACCCUCACUUCCGAUGAGGACAGGGAAAGAAAGGCAGAGGCCUUUAGUCCGGGCACUUACCAUGUUGUCAUGACUCCAGACAGUUUCUCGUCUCUGCCUGAAUAUGCAGAUGAUGAGAAAUCAAGAUCCAAGCCAGCGAGCGAGUGUAGAAGCUCUGCAGCCAACAGUCCCACGUCAAUUGUUCGCAGUGAAUGCAGUGCGAGAGAAGAUCCAAAUGUUGUCAUCCUAAAGACCUUUGAAGAUGCCACUCGCCGCUCACCGUCAAACGGCAAGCUGUUUAAGUUCUCGCCCACCUCGGAGAUUUCAGAUCCAUUCUGCAACCUGUCUCUUUCGCCCAUCUUCCCCUCUAUUCCCUCGCCAGGCAUUAAAAUUGAGGAGAUUCCAAGUUUGGACCCACGUCUUGAUCAGCAGGCUCAAGACUCUACCCUAUUCUCACAUUUUCGUCAUGUCGUAUGGCGACAACUGUUUCCUCACGACCACAGCCUUGAUGAUUCGUCUGGAUCUGAUAGCCACUUCAUGACCCUCAGCGUAGAUUUCCUCGAGCAGGAAGCCACGCAUUUCCCUCCUCUCUCACACGCUAUGAUGGCUGUAUCGGCCCUUAGUCUCUCACACAGCGGCACAGGUCACAGUGUCGAUGCCUUACAAUACUACCAGCAGGCAUUCCCUUCACUCCAAAGCAGCCUCCGGAACAACGACGAUCUCGUUUCCGACGGAUUGUUCCUCACCCACUUCCUUCUUCUUAUCUACGAGAUUGCAGCUGCUGAGCCACAUGGCUCAAAUCUUUGGUCACAUCACAUCUCUCGUCUGCUUCACAUUGCUUUCCUACGACGAGACAAGUACGGCCAGGAACCUCACCCUUUCAUCCUUUGGUGGGUAUCUCACAUCGAUCUGUAUGCCCUCUUCAGUGGGGCAGGCACAGGAGAGUUUGUCCGCGCCGUCAUCGACCACCAGAUGCUCCCAGGAUCAGAAUCACUCCUUUAUCCAAAUGCCCCAGAGGGCUACAGUGUAAUAUACGCCGACGAGCAUGACAGCUUACCCGUCAUAAUGCGUCUAUACCAUGACACAUUCCGACUAGCUGCCCAACUUGGCUUCUUAGCCACCCGAGUUCGUCAUGAUAAGCAGAAUCUGCCCUAUGCCGAGUUCAACCCGCGAUCACAAGAGAUAAGUGACAUUCGCCAGGCGCUCAGCAGAUUAUGGGAAUCUCCCGAUGUUGCAUUCCUCCACCAACAUCAAAAUAGCCUCCCCCGUCGGUCUAGGGAAUUCAUGCAACAAUCAGCGACACUAUAUCACACUUGUCAACUCUUCUCCUAUAGCAGCAUGUGGCCUCGCCAGCGUGUUGAGUCAGAAUACUCCUCCGACGGAGAAAUUGACCAUCAUGCAGGCGAGAUCUUACGACUGGCCGAGCGAACCACACAUACUCGCCGCGCCGAUCGCCACUUUUUGGUGUUCCCAUUAUUUUUGGCUGGUGCUACGGCUUCAGCCAGUGGCAUCAAGAUGAUGGCAAUGGAAUUAAUGACUAGCAUGGAGGACGAGGAAGAUGGCAUGGGUCGCAAUGCUGCGACUACUCGUGCCAUUCUGCAGAUUGUCUACGAGCGCCAGUUGGAACGCCUGAUGCAUGUCGGGCACACCUUUGAUGUGGAUUGGGCUGAUUUGAUGGCCCAUGAUGGUCUCCAGAUGGUCAAUUUCGGAUUUUAA